AUGGAAAUGAGCGGAAGAGGACCAUUACUGCUAGUCUAGUCAGCGUUUCUCUUUUUGUGAUAAUGGGUUCAGCUGCGUUUUAUUUCUGGAGAUGCAGAGUGAAACAUAAUGAAAAUAUAACACACGAUUCUUCACAAGAUGCAUGGAGCAAUGAGCUUACACCACAAGAUUUCUCAAGUUUAUGUUUCUUUGAGAUGAAUACCAUUCAAACUGCCACCAAUAAUUUCAGUCCCUCAAAUAAACUUGGGAAUGGUGGAUUUGGUACGGUUUAUAAGGGAAAGCUGUUAGAUGGGAAAGAAAUUGCUGUAAAACGGCUUUCUAGCAGCUCUGGACAGGGCAAAGAGGAGUUCAUGAAUGAAAUAGUACUCAUCUCAAAACUACAACACAUAAACUUAGUACGGAUUUUAGGAUGCUGCAUUGAAGGAGAAGAGAGGCUACUGAUUUAUGAGUUCAUGUUGAACAAAAGCCUUGAUACUUUUCUCUUUGAUUCAAGAAAAAAGAUUGACAUUGGCUGGCCUAAGAGAUUCAAUAUCAUUGAAGGUAUUGCACGUGGACUUCUCUAUCUCCACCGUGACUCACGCCUCAAGGUCAUUCACCGAGAUCUUAAGGUGAGCAAUAUUCUUCUGGAUGAGAACAUGAACCCAAAAAUAUCAGAUUUUGGAUUGGCUCGGAUGUAUCAAGGCACUGAAUAUCAGAACAAUACUGGAAGGGUUGUAGGAACUCUGGGAUAUAUGUCUCCUGAGUAUGCAUGGACCGGAGCAUUCUCUGAGAAAUCUGACAUCUACAGCUUCGGAGUUCUAUUGUUAGAAAUCAUCAGCGGAAAGAAAAUCUCAAAGUUCAUCUAUGGUGAAGAAGGAAAAACUCUUCUUUCAUAUGCGUGGGAAUCUUGGUGUGAAAAUGGAGGCGUUGAUCUCUUGGAUCAAGAUGUUGCUGCUUCAUGCAACCCAUCAGAAGUUGGGAGAUGUGUGCAAAUUGGUCUGCUCUGUAUUCAUCACAAACCUGCAGACAGACCCAACACAGUAGAGUUGCUAUAUAUGCUGACCACAACAUCAGAUCUUCCAUCACCAAAACAGCCCACAUUUGUUGUGCACAGCAGAGAUGAAGAAUCCAUGUCUAAGGAUUUGAUGACCUUCAAUGAGAUGACACUAUCUGUGAUCCUUGGGCGUUAA